GCGGCGGGCGGGGCGGGCAGCAUGGAGGAGCUGAGCAGCGUGGGCGAGCAGGUCUUCGCCGCCGAGUGCAUCCUGAGCAAGAGGCUGCGCAAGGGCAAGCUGGAGUACCUGGUCAAGUGGCGCGGCUGGUCCUCCAAACAUAACAGCUGGGAGCCGGAGGAGAACAUCCUGGACCCUCGGCUGCUCCUGGCGUUCCAGAAGAAGGAGCACGAGAAGGAGGCGCAGAACCGGAAGAGGGGCAAGAGGCCGAGGGGCCGGCCACGGAAGCACACGGUGAUGUCGGCCUGCAGCCGGCGCGCCAAGCUCAAGGAAUCCGACACGCCCUGCAAGUCCAAAUCCAGCAGCUCCUCCUCUUCCUCCACGUCCUCCUCCUCCUCCUCGGACGAAGAGGACGACAGCGACCUGGACGCCAAGAGGGGCCCCCGGGGCCGCGACACCCACCCGGUGCCUCAGAAGAAGGCGCAGAUCCUGGUGGCCAAGCCGGAGCUGAAGGACCCGGUGCGCAAGAAGCGGGGGCGCAAGCCCCUGCCCCCGGAGCAGAAGGCGGCGCGCAGGCCCGUGAGCCUGGCCAAGGUGCUGAAGACGGCCCGCAAGGACCUGGGGCCCCCGCCGCUCAGCGCCCCCGUGGCCGGCCUGGCAGCCCUGAAGGCCCACACCAAGGAGGCCUGCGGCGGCCCGAGCGCCGUAGCCACCGCAGAGAACCUGGCCAGCCUGAUGAAGGGCAUGGCGGGCAGCCCCAGCCGCGGCGGCAUCAGCUGGCAGAGCUCCAUCGUGCACUACAUGAACCGGAUGAGCCAGGGCCAGGCGCAGGCCGCCGGCAGGCUGGCGCUCAAGGCCCAGGCCGCCACCAAGUGUGGCCUCGGGCUGGACCUGAAGGUGAGGACACAGAAAGCGGAGCUGGGGCUGAGCCCCCCAGGAAGCAAAGUCCCCAAGGUCCCCAGCGGCGGGGCCCCAGAGCAGAAAGCGGGGAGCGCCGUGGGGCCCCCCCACGCCCACGGCGGUGGCAAGGUGCCCGCUGGGUGCCCCGGUCCCCAGCCAGCACCCACGCAGGAGCUGAGCCUGCAGGUCCUAGACUUACAGAGCGUCAAGAACGGCGUGCCCGGGGUGGGCCUGCUCGCCCGCCAGGCCGCUGCCACCAAGGCCGGCCCCCCCGCUGCCUCCAGCCCCGCCUCGGGGAAAGGCGCCGGGGGUGCCCCCACAGCAGGCAGUGGGGGCAGCGUGACCGCAGACGCCAGCAAAGGUGAGAGGCUGGCCUCCAGGGCUUCGGCUCUGCCCGCCCCCACGGGCAAGAGGGACGGGGUCAAGGGCAGCGUCACCCCCGGCGGGCAGGAUGGCCACGCGGCCCCUGGCGAAGGCCGGAAGGCGGCCGCGCUGUUGGAGAUGAGCACGGGCGAGGAGAACAGCAGCUCCGACUCGGACCCUGACUCCGCCUCGCUGCCCAGCGCCGGCCACAACCUGUCCGUGUCCGUCCAGACCAGCCAGGACUGGAAGCCCCCACGCAGCCUCAUCGAGCACGUCUUUGUCACUGAUGUCACCGCGAACCUCAUCACUGUCACCGUGAAGGAGUCCCCCACCAGCGUGGGCUUCUUCAGCCUGAAACAUUACUGAAGCCCCCGCGGCCCAGCUGCCCCGGCUGCCGGCCCGCAGCCCAGACCCCCUCGGGGACUGUGUCAGGAGGAGGGUAGGGGGCUCCUUUGGGCAGGCUCACAAGGGACUUCUCCCUAGACGCCCCCUGACCUGGGCUUGGGGCAGGGCUGCAGCCCCUCAGCGUCCUACCUCUCUGGGCCCCUGCCUUGCUUCACCCUUCCACUCAGGAAGCCUGGGCUGCCCCGGCAGUCUGUGCGGCAGGCGGCAGCCCACAGCCCGGCUCCCGAUUGCCGGAAGGGGGUCUCCUGGCCCGGCCCGACGGCUGUGCCCCAGGGUGGAAGAGAAGGGGGUGGGGGUGGGCUUAUGCAGGAAGGGUUCUGCUGGUGGUUCUCCAGGCUCUAGAGGGUGGAGCAGGGGUGACCCCUCCCCCUUCCAACACGGUGCCUGGGCAGUCAAGGGCAAGGGGGUGGACCCUGUUCCUGGCAGCCGAGGGCCAUGGCCUGAAUGUCAGGACGGUUGCUGGCAGCUGCUGGGGUGAGUUCAGGAGCCGGAAGGGGGUGGCCUGGGUGCUGUCUGUCCCCAGCUCAGGAGAGCACCUGCAGCCCCAGCCCUGUUGGCCCACAAGUCCACUGAGGGUGAGGGGGCGGCUGGUCCCAGGGCUCUUCCAUCUGAAGAGCGGCUCUGGGGACAGAACAGAUGUCACUGCCGCCUCUCCUGCUGGCCUGUGCCCCUGCCCAGGGCCCACUGGGGCGCUUCUGGGUUCCAGGAUUGGGGAGGGUGCACAGCUCUGCUGGCUGGGGGCAGUGGUUGGGCCUGGACUGGGCUGCGAGCGGAUCUCUGUGGCGAGUCUUCCUCCAGCCGCUGGGUUCUCCCCGUGACCCCGCAGGCUGGCCCCGAGGCACCGGAAGACAGCAGUUGCGGGGCUGUCCUGCCGUCCGCCAGCUCCCAGAGGUGGUGCAGGAGUUUGCUGAGCCAGACGAGCCAGUCCUUGGAUGCCGCCUCCCCUGACAAUCCCCCCACCUUGGGGGUUCAUUUCCUGCUCUUCACUGAGAGGCCCUGUCCCUGUGCCAUCUGGGGGGCCCCCUGGCAGAAGGUCCCCAGGGAGACUGGCUCUAUCUGCCAGCCGUGGCACUGAGGCCCUUAUCACCCCUCCCGGAGAACGGCAAGUGCUCAGGACCGAGCCUCUUCCCAACUGCCCCCCACCAAGAUGCCUGUGUUUUGGGGCCACCCAAGACUGGUGUCCGAGUUGCUGUCCCGAGAGGCCAGCUUGGGGCAGAGAGGUAGUCCGUGGGUGGCCUGGAGACUGGAGGUGGCAGCAGAGGGCAGUCUGGUCACUGGGUCUCUGUGAUGCCAAAAAGAAUGGCAGGGCCUCACCUGCAGGCCCCGCUGAUCCCUCACCCUCCAUGCCAAAUAGCAAGAGGUGGCCUUGGUGAAGCCAAAUUGAGCUCAACGGCGUGCCUUUGUGGACAGACCUUGUCCGUGACUGCAUCGAGGGCCGUCUGGGCGCAGCCCCCUGGUCUGGUGCCCCUGUCUGCAGACUGGAGGCCUGGGGGUCCUGAUAAGGAGGCAGCGAGGGCCAGUUGGCCCCUGUGCUGUUCUGGGGAGAGACCAGCUCACUGUGUGUCCUGGGAAGUGGAUCCAGUGGCCUGGGCUCCUGGCUCCCGACAGCCAGUGCCUCGCUGUCUUUCUCAAGGGAACUGAACCCCAAGCUUAUGGCGUGUUUCCUGCCAUGGCGGCCCCAAGGCCAGGGGAACAGCUCCCUGCCACGCCCUCGGGUCUCUGAGCUGUCAGGGAAGUGGGGGUGCCUGUCCCCACCGGCCACCUCCCCUGCCCUGAUUUGGUGCCUUUGUUUACCAGCUUCUGCAAUCCCAAAGUUUGAGUCUGCGAACACCUUACCCCCAGCCACUUUGCCUUCUCACUGCGCCCCGUGUCUUCCUGGCGCUGUGGCCAGCAGGUGCACACACGGCCCCAGCCUCUGCCAGGGCACUGCAUCAGAUGCGCAGUGGGAUGUCUGUGUUUACCAAUAAAUAAAAGUAGUACUUUUUGUAUUUUUAUUUGCUGCUAUCUGUGUGUAGCUAGGCAUCGGUCACCCAUCUGAUCUGCCGUGUCCCUCCCUGGGGUCCUAGGUGAGGCUUAGCACGGUGUGUGUGCGUCGAAUACGUUCCUACCCCAUCUUGUCUUUGUUUGCUUCUGUAUCAUGUAGGAAGAAAUGGCUCGUCUGUCCUGUUCCUUAGAGGGUUCAGAUAUUUUUAUAUAUAUAUUUUUGGUACCAAAAAAGAGUGUUGCUUGCUUUAGUUACACUCAAAAUCCUGAUCUGACUAGCGAGGGCGCUGGGCCUGACCUUUCAACCCAUGCCAAUCACUGGCUGGAUUUGUGGUUUUUUAAUUAAAAAAAAAAAAAGCCAAAUCACCCAUAUAGGCCACAUGUAAUUGCCUUAAACUGUGGCUGUUUGCUUCAUUGCCUUGGGAAAACUUAAGAGCUUCGCUGGAAGGACAGCAGCCCAGCGUGGUCAGCACCAGCCAGUCCAGGGCAGUGUGCCCCCCAGGGAGCCCCUCACGGCUUGGGGAGGGGGGAGGCAGUGCCUACACGAGCAGACUUUCAAGUGCGCCUCAUGACCCUAGAGCUUUCUGAGUAUUUGGGGGGAACUAACACUAGCAUAGGUGCAGCUUCUUUAGGGCGAUGUUAAUUUAUUUUUGCUGGAGAAAUUAGCAAAGGGUGUCACAGGUUUGCAUCAUUUUGUUAAC